AUGCGAGAGGGAAAGAUGGUGUUUACUGCAUUGCACAAUGUGCGAGUCUUCCAUCACGACCACUUUUCGGAGCCGACCACAGUAUUCAUAGCGGACGGCAUUAUAGUCAACGGAGCAGUGGACGUUACCGAUACAAUACAAUGCGAUGGUCGAUACCUUAUUCCCGGUCUUAUAGACAGCCAUCUGCAUGUCUCUGACAUAUCGGACCUAGAAGAUUUGAGUAGCUAUGGAGUUACCACUGCUUUUAACAUGAACUGUCUCAACUAUACAGCAUGUGCAAUACUGGCGGAUCAACCUGGCCUUACGAAAAUUUUAUCGGCCGGACUUGCAGCUGUCGGACUCGGGAGUCAUCACCAACAGCUCAGUGGUUUGCCUGCGGAUGAAACCAUUAACUGCACGUCCGAAGCUACUGACGUAGUAUCCCGGGUUUUUGGGAAUGGUUCACAGUACAUGAAAAUUGUAUCCGAGUUGAAUGGACCUACGUUGGACGUACAGCGCGCUGUCGUGGGACAAACACAUGCAAGAGGACACCAAGCAAUGACCCACGCUACCGAAAUGUACUGGUACGAGCUGGCGGUUUCAUCCGGCAGUGACGGGUUACAGCACAUACCCGCCGACAGGCCACUGACAACAGAUGUGGUAAUCCAGCUCCGGAAGCAGUCACAAUUCGUUACUCCCACUCUGAACAUCUUCAAGCUCUUGGACAGCGAACCCGGCUUUGUGCCUUUCUUGUUAGGAAGCAAUACCACGAACGGAUCAUACGCUACGGCGAAGCAAAAUGCGAGAGUCCUUCACAGAGCAGGAGUGCCCAUGCUGGCGGGAACCGAUGCGAUCGGCAAUAUAGGUGACGGAUCUAUCACAGACCCCUUCGGCCUCACGCUCCAUUGGGAGCUUCAACAUUUUGUCGACGCUGGAAUGACUCCAGCAGAGGCGAUUCAGUCAGCAACAAGCUCUCCUGCCUUCAUGCACCGCCAAUUUGACCGAGGUUUGAUUGAGGCCGGGAAAAGGGCAGAUUUGGUCCUUUUAAACAAAAAUCCGCUGAAGAAUAUCACGAACACGUUAGAUAUCGCGAGGGUCUGGAUCGGCGGUAUUGAGUACAGGAACAUUAGCAACCUUAGCUAG